AAACCUCAAAAUCCUCCAAAUUGAUCUCUCUCUGUUCGUUUCUUGAAAGCCCUAGAGAAAAAAAUUGAAACGCAAUGGAGGACGCAGAUGGACUCAGCUUCGAUUUCGAAGGUGGUCUUGAUUCCGGACCUGUUCAGUCCUCCGCUUCAGUCCCGGUUGCUCCGCCUGAAAACUCUUCCUCCGCCGCUGUUCACGUAGCACCGAGCUACGAUCACUCCGCCGCGACGGUUGCUGGAGCUGGGAGGGGAAGAAGUUUCCGGCAGACUGUUUGCAGACACUGGCUUAGAGGUCUGUGUAUGAAAGGUGACGCCUGUGGAUUUCUCCACCAGUUUGACAAAGCUCGUAUGCCGAUCUGCCGGUUUUUCCGGUUAUACGGUGAAUGUCGAGAGCAGGAUUGUGUGUAUAAGCAUACCAAUGAAGACAUCAAAGAAUGCAAUAUGUACAAGUUGGGAUUUUGUCCCAAUGGUCCUGAUUGUAGGUACAGGCAUGCAAAGCUACCUGGACCUCCACCACCAGUUGAGGAAGUUCUUCAGAAGAUACAACAAUUGACAUCAUACAAUUUUGGGCCAAAUAGGUUCUAUCAACCACGGAAUGUUGCUCCACAGCUACAAGAUAAACCUCAGGGGCAAGUUCCGACGCAAGGCCAGCCACAAGAAUCAGGUAACUUGCUGCAGCAGCAGCAACAACAGCAACAACCUCAGCAAUCACAACAUCAGGUCAGCCAGACACAGAUACCACCAAAUCCUGCUGACCAAACAAACAGAUCAUCUCAUCCUUUGCCUCAGGGGGUAAAUAGGUUUGUUCAGAGUCCCAAGGUUUUUAAUUGGGUUAUGUAAAUUAUGUUUCUGUAUAUCUAUCAAGACGGUUGUUAUUGGCCAAUUAUUGAACUAUGGUUUCUUAUAAGAGAUUUGAUCACUUUUUACA